UCUUAGGUACAGCAUGUAUGUGAGCCUAUCUGAGCGUGUGCGCCUGUGUUUACAUGCCAUCUUUUCUCUGAAGCCCAAAUGCCCGCAUCUAGAGGACCUGCACCUUCCGGCGCUCCGUUCUAAAUGGUUCCUGAGUCUGUAGGGACUCCUCUUUUCCCUAUGAGUGUCUUCAAAGGCCUUAGAACCUUUCUCCAGCACUCAAAGGCAAUUUGGAUUUAACACCGAUUGUGGCAGCAUGGAAUAGCCUAACGUUUGGAUUCUCUGCAUGACGAUUGUGCAGGUAACCAGUAGGAUGGUGGCUGGGGAGGCAGGUGGGCCCAACUACCUGGUGGCCUGCUGGCAGCCCAUCCUCAUCCUGAUGCUGGGCACCGUGCUCUCCGGCUCCGCCACCGGCUGCCCGUCGCGCUGCGAGUGCAACGGCCAGGAGCGCUCGGUUGUCUGCCACCGCCGGAAGCUGAUCGCUCUCCCCGAGGGCAUCCCCAUCGAGACGCGACUGUUAGACCUCAGCAAAAACCGCCUGAAGACCAUCAAUCCCGAGGAGUUUAUCAGCUACCCGCACCUGGAGGAGCUGCAGCUGAAUGAGAACAUCAUCUCCGUCAUCGAGCCGGGAGCCUUCACCAAUCUCUACGGCUUGCGGACGUUGGGCCUGCGCAACAAUAAGCUUAAGCUCAUUCAGCUGGGGGUCUUUACGGGAUUAAGCAACCUGACCCACCUGGACAUCAGCGAGAACAAGAUUGUCAUCCUGCUGGACUACAUGUUCCAGGACCUGUACAACCUGAAGUCGCUGGAGGUGGGCGACAACGACCUGGUCUUCAUCUCCCACCGCGCCUUCCACGGCCUCAGUGGCCUGGAGCAGCUGACCAUCGAGAAGUGCAAUCUGACCACGCUGCCCAAAGAGGCCUUAAGCCAUGUCCACAACCUGCUGACGCUGAGGCUGCGCCACCUCAACAUCAACGCCAUCGGGGAUUACUCGUUCCGGAGACUCUAUCGGCUCCAGGUGCUGGAGAUCGUGCACUGGCCCCUCCUGGACACCAUGACCCCCAAGUCCCUCUACGGGCUCAACAUCACUACCUUGUCAAUCACCCACUGCAAUCUCACGGCUGUCCCUUACCAAGCUAUUCGCCACCUAGUGUACCUUCGCACCCUCAAUUUGUCUUUCAAUCCUAUUCAUACUAUCGAGGGGAACCUACUGCACCACUUGCUCAGGCUCCAGGCCUUUCACUUAGUAGGGGGCAGACUGGCUGCGAUCGAGCCUUACUCCUUCAGAGGGCUUAACUAUCUUAAAGUUCUCAAUGUGUCAAGCAAUACCCUCAGCACCUUAGAGGAGUCCGCCUUUCACUCGGUCGGCAACCUGGAGACUUUGGCGCUCCACGACAACCCGUUGGCCUGCGACUGCCGCCUGCUGUGGGUGUUCCGCCGCCGCUGGAGGCUCAACUUCAAUCGGCAGCAGCCCGCAUGCGCCUCGCCGGAGUUUGUGCAAGGCAAGGAGUUCAAGGACUUCCCCGACGUGCUGCCGGCCACCUACUUCACCUGCCUCAAGUCGAAGAUCCGUGAGCGCAAGGCCCAGCACAAGUUCGUGGACGAGGGCACCACGGUUAAUUUCGCAUGCCAGGCUGACGGCGAUCCCGCCCCGGUGAUCAUAUGGCAGACGCCGCGGAAGCAGUUCAUCACCGUCAAAACGAUUGGUCGACUCAGCGUCUCUACAGACGGCACCCUGGAGGUGCGCUAUGCCCAAAUCCAAGACAAUGGCACGUACACAUGCAUCGCCAGCAACGCGGGGGGAAACGACACCCGCCUCGCCCAUUUGCAUGUGCAGAGCUAUUCCCCCAACUGGCCCCAUCAGCCAAAUAAAACAUUUGCCUUCAUCUCCAAUCAGCCCAGCGAAAGUGGCGCCAAUGCCACCCGAGGAAUAGUGCCCUUCCCGUUCGACAUGAAAACUCUGAUCAUCGCCACCACCAUGGGAUUUAUCUCAUUCCUCGGCGUCGUGCUUUUUUGUCUCGUCCUCCUCUUCCUCUGGAGCAGAGGGAAAGGCAACGCCAAGCCAAACAUCGAGAUUGAGUAUGUACCUAGGAAGACAGAUGCGGGCGAUAGCAGCCCAACCGAGGGGCCCCGUAAAAUCAAUAUGAAAAUGAUGUAAGAACAAAGUGAUAGGUGAAUCAGUCUAUUUGAAAGCCAUUGGGCUGGUUAUGUGUCGAACCUAUUAGAGAUAUAAAUAUCUUGGGGGGAAAAAUAAGCCAACCUCUCAGUGUUUACCAUCAACAGGUUCCUAAAAGUGCACACCUGGAUGGAAUUACUGGAACUCGAGUCUGUGUGGAUUUGUAUGGGCAAUAGAUUGUUUCAAACUGAAUACAAUUCACUUUCCUUUCUGUGUGAGCCAGAAUUCAAAAGGCAGAUUGUUAUUGGGGUCUGUUCUUUUGUCUGUGUUUUCUUGUACAUUGUUAUUUCUAUGUACAUAGGGCAAUGCACUUGUUGUAUGCUAAUGUUAAAAAGAUGUUCAUGGGUUGGUGAGCCUAUUAGCGUGCAUGUAUUGUAUAAGCACAGGUCAAAUACAUGCCAACACAAAAGAUGCACCACCAUAAGAUCUCCAUUGUGAUUUUGGUGACAAUUUACAUUACAUGGCCCUUAUUACAUUGUUACAGUGCCAGUCAGUGCAAUGCAACAUACUAGUUAUCAAUGUGAAACAGCACAUGAACCUUUGUAGUUACCUAUCAGAACCCAACAUCCCAAAACUGUAACUGUAUAAUGUAUUAGUGGCCUGUCACUUAUAACUGAUCAUUACUUAAUAUAUUACACUGUAACAAGGGCUAUAUAAUGUAAACUGUGACCAUGAGACAACUACAUUACAAAUAUUUGAUAUAUAAAAAAUAUGCUUGACAAUCAUAUUAUAAAGGUCAAGUGUUAAAUGCUUAAAAAAAAAGUUCCAUGCCAAGUUAUUACUGACUUAUUGACAUCCGCUUAAACAUUUUUGGCCAUAUGUAGCUUUAUGUUUCUUAAGGCUACAAAGCAGAGGUACAUACUUGUGGUAAACAGAGGGACACUUGGUAGCCAUAAUGUGAAGUGCACAUGUGGUGAUACAAAAGCAUUCAAGUCUCUAUUUACGAGUUGGGAAACUCUGCCUUUUCUUUCUCCCUUGUUUUCAGCAUAACUAACAAACAUUGUAAAACAGGGUUUUGUAUUUGUUGAGAACUGUCUUGUGCUGUUCUUGGUUUCACAAGCCAUGGAUAACUCUGGGGGAAGAGUGUUUAUCAAACCUUGAAAUGCCAUCCUCACUGAUUUUGGGAUAUAAAAAAUGUACAACAUUAAAAUGGUAAGCUUUUAUAAAAAAAAAAAAUAUUUUCUCCUCAACCCUGCAUACAAAAGUGUAAAUGAAUAAAUGUAACUCACCGUAGCUUAAAGCAGUAACCCACUGAAUACUGACAGAACUCUGUGAAUAUAAUAGUUUUUUUGUCAUUAGCAUAAUGUCUUAAUUAAUCAUUUGGUUUCGCCAUUCGCUAUUUCGCAAAGCAAAGCCAUCAAGUUCUUGAUUUUUUACUAAUAUUUUUUCAGUUUUUGUAGCAACCUGCUGUGAUUUAUAUUGGUUGACAAGUGUGAUGUAUGUCUGCCGGUUCAGGACUUUAGUUAUUGACUCCCUAUUGUUUACUGAGAGCCCUGAGUGUGAAAUUCUUUUUAUCUCUCAUGGCUUUAACAAACAGAUGUUGGCGACAUUCCCAGACAAGCACACGACAGGGCUGAUGAGGAAACGCUCAAAUAUAAAUAGCAAAUUGUGACAGAUAGACUGCAAAAUCAGCCUUUUAUUACCUUUAAGAAUCCCUGCGUAGUGACUUUUGGGCCUGGAUAGGAAUAGAAAUAACAAACCUAUUUUAAACAUUUUAAGGGAUAUCAAAUCUUGUGUAACACUCCGUCUCUCCACCUUGUUUCCUGAGGAUGACUCACAAAGCUGUGCUGCCUAAGCCACGUGUGCUUUUUAAAAUCAAGAUCAAGAGACGGCCGGCGCAGAAUGGGACAGAGACAGAGACAGAGACGAGCACCUAGAUGCAGGGUAUUGACUAACUGGGGUGAUGAGGCACCAAACAUGAGUGAAUAAAACAUGCCAUGCUGAUAUUUGACAACAAGUCUGACCUACAAAUUGAGACAGUGGAUCUUUUUCUUAUGCGCUAAAGGGGACUGCUCCUCCAAAGUGACCUUCAUGCUGUUGUCUCACUUAAAAAAGAGAAAAAACACAAUUUUCCCAUCCUGUGUCGGGUCCCACU